GCCAACUAUUGGGCGGCAAGAGGAACAACGAAAGGGCAUAAUAGAGGAGGAAGACCUUGAAACUCUGUAUACGUAAAAAACGACAAACCGUCAAAGAGGCUGAUAGUGGAGACGGAGACGAGGAGUCGCUCUGACUGUCGGGAGCCAAACGCACACACCAUCCCGAGGUACGCAUAAAAGCGAAGAUAAGGAGCGGGAGAACGUUGUGGUCGUCGUCAUCGUCGACAAAUGUAGUUUGGUGCAUAAGUCCGUGGAAAGUUGGAGCGUGCCAGUCUCCUUUUGACUUGAAAGCGAAGCGAGAGAACGAGACGAGGAGACAAAGAGGAAAGUAGCAGCAACGGCGGCACGGCAUAACCUCAAAACGAGUGUGCGUGAGUGCGUUACGUCGUCAUCACCGUAGUCGUGCUCGCGGCACAGUUCGUUCGGCUCUUGAAUUUUCGCGAGUGCGAGAAAUAGAAGAUUGGUUCGAAGGAGAUAAAGAAGACAGCGAGCGAAUACGCGGGAGAAGCACGGGAGAGUAUCGCGGUGCUUCCCGGUUGAUGGAUGAGACUAGGAGGAUGCUGCAACACGGUGGAUCUGGGGUCGGUUUGAUGGGUGGUAAUCAGGGCCAGGGGGCCCAGAACACCGGGGGCUACGGGGGCAUGGGGCCCGUCGACGGCUCAGCGGCCCAGGGGCCCGACCAAGCGGUCGAGGCUAGGAAGCAGGACAUCGGCGACAUUCUACAGCAGAUCAUGAACAUCACCGAUCAGAGUCUCGACGAGGCCCAAGCGAGAAAGCAUACUUUAAACUGCCACAGAAUGAAACCAGCUUUAUUUUCGGUGCUCUGCGAGAUCAAGGAGAAAACUGUUUUGUCGCUGAGAAACACGCAGGAGGAGGAGCCCCCAGAUCCUCAGCUGAUGAGGCUGGAUAACAUGUUGAUCGCCGAAGGUGUCGCUGGUCCGGAGAAGGGCGGCGGUGCCGGUGCUGCAGCCUCGGCAUCCGCUGCUGCGGCCGCAGGUCCACCAGGACAACCGGACAAUGCCAUCGAGCAUUCGGACUACCGCGCCAAACUUGCCCAGAUCAGGCAAAUCUAUCACCAGGAGCUUGAGAAAUACGAGCAGGCUUGCAAUGAAUUUACAACUCACGUCAUGAACUUACUGAGGGAGCAAAGCCGUACCAGACCCAUAACGCCCAAGGAAAUUGAAAGAAUGGUUCAGAUUAUCCAUAAAAAGUUUUCGAGCAUUCAAAUGCAGUUGAAACAGUCGACGUGUGAAGCAGUGAUGAUUUUACGAAGUCGGUUCCUCGACGCUAGGCGCAAGCGACGAAACUUUAGCAAACAAGCCUCGGAAAUCCUGAACGAGUAUUUCUAUUCACACCUAAGCAAUCCGUACCCCAGUGAAGAAGCUAAGGAAGAACUUGCCCGAAAAUGUGGUAUUACAGUCAGCCAGGUAUCUAACUGGUUCGGCAACAAGAGGAUACGUUACAAAAAGAAUAUAGGCAAGGCACAGGAAGAGGCGAAUUUGUACGCCGCUAAAAAGGCAGCUGCAGCUUUUGCAGGAGCCUCGCCGUACAGCAUGGGUGGCGCAAGCCAGGGUACCCCGACGCCGAUGAUGUCACCGGCCCCACCCGGUGGACCCCAAGACAUGGCCGGCUACGGUAUGGGCAUUAACGGCAGCGACUAUGGCUCCCAGCCGUAUAACGACGGCUCGAUGGGCUACGAUCCGAUGCACCAGGUAAAUUACCAGAGGGAUCGCCAGCGCAGCCAUGACUACGACGAUGAGUAGACACGUGACGCGACACAGGCAUAAUGUCGCAUAAGUGUCAUCAGGGCCUAAGAGACGAAGCUCACCUCUACGAGCCACAUUGGAUCUUACCUCCGUUGCAACAAGCACAAGAUACUAGACUGCAAAAUGAAAUAAAAUGUUGAAAAGAAAGAAUACGGGAAUAAUCGAUAGCUAUUCUAUGAUUCAAUGAGGGUGUGACCAACAGUUGUUAAGAAACGCCGUUCGUUGCUUAAUAAUUCUUUCCUUAACGCGUACUUACCUUUCGCAAAUAUUGUACGGAUACGUAAGCGAUGAACCGAUUGUGUAAUUAAUUGGCGUAAUGGAUAAAAUGAUAAGAAAACGCCUCUCUUCACAUUUAGGGGGAUGUGAGUUGUGAAGCUCUAGCCAAGUUUUUCAUUAAAUUCGACGUAAUCUUCAAUUUGCUGAUUUAUUUUUUACUAUAGAUCGCGCACAGUUGUCAGAUGAUAUGUGAUUACCAAUGAGAAAUAACAUUGCACUCGAGCAGUAAUUAAAUAAUAUAAUGAUGGCAAUUUUAAUGUAACUUUAAUAAUAAAAUACUUUACCCAUAACUAGACAUCCCCGUAAAUGUUGGUGUUGCAUUGGGUUUCAUUAUUAGUGAAAAGCUUUCUCCCUCUAUUAUAAAUGUUCUUCUUUGAAAGUCUUGUUCUUAAGCUUGUAGGUAUCUUAAAUAAGUGUGCAAUAAGAAUUUGAUAAUAAAAUUUCUUUUAGUAGAGGUAAACGUAGUGAAAGUAAAAUAAUGUCUAGAUAUAGAGAGUUAGUAAUUGGAAAUAUUAUAAUUCGAUGUGAUUGAUCCGAAAAUAUAAUGUAUAAGGUUUAUACGUUUGUACAUACAUUGCAUGACAUAAUUUGUAAUGCAAUGUCAAUUCGCGUACUGUGUAUUAAGCUUAAAUAUAUCGAUUUAUCGACGGACAUCGAGUGUAUGAAGUCGCGCAACAAAUAAUAACAGAGGUUAGGCACAUGCAGCAGAUAGAAAGCAUCCUUUUUAAGGAUAAGGACAAUGAUACUAUCAGUUGCCAGCGGUAGCAUGUAUGAAUUGCAUGUUGAUUUUUGUAUAUUAUAACAAUUGUUUUAUACAGUAGUACGUGUGUAAGUGUGUAAGUUUUAUGUUAUAUUUUAAAGAACGAUUGACUGGGAUUUUUUCAGACAACUCUCAAAUUUCAUUAAUAAUAUUAAGAAACAUGGUGAUUGUAAAUUAGA